GCUUGUCGCUUUACGGUUCCAGGCACUGCUGAGCUGGGAGAUGUCGGCUGCGGGCCUUGUGGAGCCCUUGGGUCCUCCCAGCAGCUUUGCGAAGCGGGUACUGGUGACCGGGGGUGCUGGUUUCAUUGCAUCACAUGUGAUUGUCUCUUUAGUAGAAGAUUAUCCAAACUAUAUGAUCAUAAAUCUAGACAAGCUGGAUUACUGUGCAAGCUUGAAGAAUCUUGAAACCAUUUCGAGCAAACAAAACUACAAAUUCAUACAGGGUGACAUAUGUGAUUCUCACUUUGUGAAACUGCUUUUUGAAACAGAGAAAAUAGAUAUAGUACUCCAUUUUGCUGCACAAACGCAUGUAGGUAAGCAUUGUUUUAUGUUACAGUUACGAUAGGCAAAGUUUUGUUUCCAGUGGCUGACUAGCCUGAAUCAAAGUCCAGUAAUGGGGCUGAAUAAGUUGGUACUUAAUAUAUGUCUUUGAAAGAGCAUAUACCAAGGUAAAACAAACCUGGGGUCACUCUGUUGUCAAGAUACUUGCCCUUUUUGGGUCACUUUUAUUCGGUAGGUUGAAAUGUAACCUUGAAUGUUGUUUUAAAACUUUGA